AUGAAAGAACUUGUUACAUUAAUUACUGGUGGUUUAUCAGGUCUCGGUCUUGCUUGUGUAAAGAGAUUUGUACAUAAGCUACAUGCACAUGUUAUCAUAUGUGAUUUACCAUCAGCAUCUUCAUCAUCUAUUCCUGGUUCAUCAUUAUUUCUACCAACUGAUGUUACAUCUGAAUUGGAUGUAAAAAAUGUUUUUGAUCGUAUUCGAAUAGAUUUCGGUCACUUAGAUGUGCUUAUUAAUUGUGCUGGUAUUAUUCUUUCUCAACUAAUUUUUGAACAUUCACUUGAAGAUUUUAAUCGUAUAAUUGAUGUUAAUACUAAUGGAACAUAUAAUAUGAUUCAGCAAAUGAUUCCAUUAAUGAUAAAUAAUGGAGUAAUUAUAAAUACGUCAUCUGUAGCUGCAUUUGAAGGACGACGUGGACAAACAGCUUACGCUGCAUCAAAAGGAGCUAUUGCAGAAAUGACUCGACCAUUAGCAAAAGCAUUAGCACCGAUGAAUAUUCGCGUAUGUUCUAUAGUUCCUGGUGCCUUCGAUACACCACUAUUGUGUAGAUUACGUGCAAAAGUUCCUAAUACACCAGGAAAUUUUCCACUCUUUCCUGCUCGACUUAGUGAUCCAGAUGAAUUCGCACAAUUUGCUCAAGCAAUUGUAGAAAAUCCUUUAUUGAAUGGUAUUAAUAUUCGACUUGAUGCUCUUCUUCGUAUGCCACCUUAG